AUGUACUUUUUUCAGGAGGACCCCAAUGAUAUCGACCCCAAAAGGAAAGAUGUGCAUGGCAGUGAUGGAGAGGACAAAGCACAGAGUGUGGAGACACUACCUCCAGGAAAGGUUCGGUGGCAAGACUUUGAUCAAGAUGCCUACGUUGGCGCUACCGUGGUGCGGUCUGGGCAGGAUCCCUACGCCCGCAACAAGUUCAAUCAGGUAGAAAGCGACAAACUGCGAAUGGACCGGAGCAUCCCCGACACGAGGCAUGACCAGUGUCAGCGGAAACAAUGGCGGAUAGAUUUGCCAGCCACUAGUGUGGUGAUCACCUUCCAUAAUGAGGCAAGAUCUGCGUUGCUUCGAACUGUUGUCAGUGUCCUUAAAAAAAGUCCAUCACAUCUUAUUAAGGAAAUCAUACUAGUGGAUGACUACAGUAACGAUCCUGAGGAUGGUGCUCUCCUGGGAAAAAUUGAAAAAGUGCGGGUUCUUCGAAAUGAUCGCCGAGAAGGCUUGAUGCGCUCCCGUGUGAGAGGGGCAGAUGCAGCACAAGCAAAGGUGCUGACCUUCCUGGAUAGUCACUGUGAAUGCAAUGCACUUGAAAGAGUGGCUGAGGACAAGACCAGAGUUGUGUCUCCUAUUAUUGAUGUAAUUAAUAUGGACAACUUCCAGUACGUGGGGGCGUCAGCUGAUUUAAAAGGCGGCUUUGAUUGGAACCUGGUCUUCAAAUGGGAUUACAUGACACCAGAGCAAAGAAGAGCACGACAGGGAAAUCCUGUUGCUCCCAUAAAGACACCUAUGAUAGCUGGUGGAUUAUUUGUGAUGGACAAAUCCUAUUUUGAAGAACUAGGGAAGUAUGACAUGAUGAUGGACGUUUGGGGUGGAGAAAAUCUAGAGAUAUCAUUCAGAGUUUGGCAGUGUGGUGGGAGCCUAGAAAUCAUCCCUUGCAGCAGAGUGGGUCACGUAUUCCGCAAACAGCAUCCUUACACCUUUCCUGGUGGGAGUGGUACCGUGUUUGCAAGAAAUACACGCAGGGCAGCAGAAGUCUGGAUGGAUGAAUACAAAAAUUUCUAUUAUGCAGCAGUGCCUUCAGCCAGGAAUGUACCUUAUGGCAAUAUUCAAAGCCGAAUGGAACUCAGAAAGAGACUUAGCUGCAAGCCCUUCAAGUGGUAUCUUGAAAAUGUUUAUCCUGAGUUACGGGUACCUGAUCAUCAAGAUAUAGCUUUUGGGGCUUUGCAGCAGGGUACCAAUUGCCUUGACACGUUGGGCCAUUUUGCAGAUGGUGUUGUUGGAGUUUAUGAAUGUCAUAACGCCGGGGGAAACCAGGAAUGGGCCUUAACAAAGGACAAGUCGGUGAAACAUAUGGAUUUGUGCCUUACUGUUGUGGACAGAGCACCUGGUUCACUAAUAAAACUUCAGGGUUGUAGGCAAUACGACAGCAGACAGAAAUGGGAACAGAUUGAAAGCAAUUCUAAACUGAGGCACGUUGGCAGCAACCUCUGUCUGGACAGCCGAAAUGCCAAAAAUGGUGGUCUUACCGUUGAGAUCUGCAGUCCCUCUUUGUCACAACAGUGGAAAUUCACACUUAACCUGCAGCAGUAGAAGGACUCACAAGCAAAAUGCUGUUCCCAUUCAUAGACGUUGGGCAAAGUUUUGAUUGAAUUACUGAUGUAUUUCUUAAAACUUUCCACGGAACUUAUAUACCUCAGUAUUCCACCUUUUAUCUGAAAGUAGGAGAGCGCUGAAGCAGACACCAGGGACCCAGGGGACUUGGAGCACUGCAAAGAUGUCACUGAACAUGACUGCAGCACAAUUCCUUCUUGAUGUGAAGACUUCAACGGUUCCUUUCUGUCUUCGGUUAUGUACUUGCACAGCAGAUAAUUAACUCUAGGAACAACUGAUGUAUGAUAAAAAAAGGAUCUGAAGAAACACCUGUGGGGAACAGGGUGUGGGAGGGAGGGAGGGUGGGAAAAAUUACUAGGAGAACGUCAUUUGAAAACUCCAUUUGCAUAGAAAUCACGGUUUGUCAUUUCCAGAAUCAGAAGUGUCAUUUUGAAGGUUUUUUUCUCCUGUGUGUACUUGGUAAUUUGAAUAAGAACUUUUCUAUGAUGGACUCUAAAUAUGACU